AUGCCGCGCGCCUGCAGCAUGGCGGCGCCCAGGGGCGGCUCGGGCCCGGUCCCCGACACCGGCAGCAGCUCAGACUCGGACUCGGAGGGCGGCGGCGAGGCCGCGGUGCGGUUCCGGGAGGCCGCCUGGGACUGUGCGGCGCAAGCGGCGGUGGCGGCACCACGGGCGGAGCCGCGCGGUGGUGGCUCUAGGAAGGAUCGGUUACAGCCCAAGGAUCAACCAAGCCUGAGGCGGGAGGUGAAUGGCCGGCAGGAGGGGGACAACGAGCUCCACACAACCCCAGAGUUCAGAGCACACGUGGCCAAGAAACUGGGAGCGAUGCUGGACAGUUUCAUCACUGUCUUCAAGGACUCAUCAGGACCUUCUCAGACCUCUGUGCCACAAUCUGACUCUGCAGACGAUGGUUUUCGGCUCUUCUCUUCCUCUGUCCCUGGAGACUGUGGGGAACCAGAGCCUUGCCCUGCAGCCAGGAGAAGGCGCCCAGUGAGCUCCAGUGACACGGACAGUGACCAGGAGUGGGAAAGGUUCCAGGAGGCUGCUGUGUCAGCUGCAGAUAUUCUGAAGCAAAGUGCUUUUCCUGCACUGCCCCAGGAUUCCAGCCAGGAUCAGAGUCAGGGCUGUGUAGAGCACACCCAGAAAAAAAAGAAGAAGAAGAAGAAGAAGAAGAAGAAGAAGAAAAUGAAGGGAGAGAACAAUAUUCAAGAGAAAAGAAUAGACCCAGCAGGGUGUGACCAGAUCUGCAAAGAUUUGCCUCAGUUGGUGUCUGCAAAUGGACAGCAGGAGAGACAGAACAGCAAUCAUGGAGACAACUCAGUGCUGCCAGGAGCUGUGAAGAAGAAAAAGAAGAAGAAAAAAUUAGAAUGAUGAUUUUACUCUGCAAACAGCAGGCGCUUGUGAUGGAUGAGGGAAACUGAAAGAAAAUCCAACAACCAGAGUUGCUGAAGAGCAGGGAAAAUUAAUUGGCAAAGCUUCUGUUCUAAAAGCUCAGUGGCCUGAGAGACUAAUUAAGUGACUUCCUGUGCUGUUGGCACCCCUGAGGAAGGGAACAUUGUUCUUCUCACACAGCACUUGUCUGUGCUGCUGCUUGUGCAGGCCAAGCCUAAAAGGACGAAAUCCUGUGCCAGCCUUGUGUGUCAGAGGGGUGUAAUCACAGCUGCAUCCCUCCUGCUCUGCCUCUUCACAUCACGAAACCAAAUCUGAUGUCCUGGAGAAAGUACAGGAUGAAUUGAAUUUGGUUUACAUGGCAACAGGUGAUCAACUCCCUUUUCUCUUUGCCUCUUGUAGGCGCCUACUAAGAAUAACUCCAGCCCGUGGGAGACUCAUUUAUCAAAAGCAUCCUUUCAGAUACCAGGGCCCCCUUAUUUUUUUCCUGUGAUCAUCAUAACAAUCUGUUGUUGAAACCUGCAGUGUUACUAAUCCCUCUGCAAUCUGCAACCUCUGCAGGGCCCCAGCACAUACACGGUGUGCAGUGAGCUGAUGUCAGGGUUGGUGUAAAUGGCUCCUGCUGUUCAGUUGUGUCCACUGACAUUUUUUUUUCAUGUAUAGUUUUUUAUGGCAUCUGUUGUUAUUAAAUUCUGUUACGCUAUUGGGCUCAUUUAAUUUGGUAGGUUUUGUGCAGCAAUGGCUUUCUUGGUGUGUUUGGAUUCUCCCCAGCAGAGACAGAGAUGUCUGAGGGUGGCUCUUGAGCUGCUGUGAAAUUGCUACAGGAAGGACUUAAGCCUAAUUUAAAAAUUAGGACUGUUUCAGUCCUUGGUUGGGUUGAUGAUUUUUGUCUCCAAAAUAUUGAGGUUUGGUGGUUUUUGGUAUAACUCUUAGUCUCUUUAUGCUUCAGUUCCAGCCUUUCAGGAAAUUACCUGUUACUAAUAAAUAUUCUUCUUCUCUGUUAA